AGAGUGUGACAAAAACGCAUACUUCCAUUCCAUAACGAAGCGAAUCAAAGCAAAGGUAAUGAAACAAAAGAUAAAGCGGCGAGGAAUGAUGAUUGAUAAGAACGAGAUGAUACCUUGAAAUUUGCGACAUCGAAUUUAACCAAACCCUAAGCAUCUGGUCGUCGUUGUCAUCAUCCAUCCAUUUCCAUGCCAUGGAAGUUACUCCUCUCUCUUCCCCUUCUCCAAUCCAUGGUCUCCAUCUCCGUCACAAAGAAGCGAGAUUCUUGGCGGUGGCUUCUACCCUCUACUUUGAUGGAAUCCCAUUCAUAUUGCAGUUGCGUACUCAUAGAGGAACAACCACUUAUAAACACCCAAUUUUGAGGACUUCACACAAUGCUCCUCAAUGUAGCUUGCGAGCAAUCUCCAAGAAGCAUGAAAAUGUGGCGUGGUUAUCUGUUAGUCCUAAAUUGCAUGUUCAGAAUAAAUUCCCCAGAGAUGUAGUUGUAAGAUCUGAACUUACUGCUGCUGGGUCUGCUGGAGAUGGCUAUUUCCUACCUGAGCUGAAAGUGGAAUCUAAAGUCAGGGGAGUUUGUUUUUAUGUUGUCACUGCCUUUUGUGCCAUAUUUCUUUUUAUGAUGAUGCUGGUUGGGCAUCCAUCAGUGCUCCUGUUUGAUCGCUACCGAAGAAAGUUCCAUCAUUUUAUUGCCAAAGUAUGGGCUACGCUGACUGUAGCGCCAUUUUACAAAAUCAAAUUUGAGGGAUUGGAGAAUCUGCCACCUCCAGAUACUCCUGCUGUGUAUGUUUCAAAUCAUCAGAGUUUUCUAGACAUAUAUACUCUUCUUACUUUAGGAAGAAGCUUUAAGUUCAUAAGCAAGACUGGGAUAUUCCUCUUUCCAAUAAUUGGGUGGGCGAUGUUUCUUUUGGGCAUCAUUCCUUUGAAGCGCAUGGACAGCCGAAGUCAGCUGGACUGCCUUAAACGAUGCAUGGAUCUUAUCAAGAAAGGAGCCUCUGUUUUUUUCUUUCCAGAGGGAACACGCAGUAAAGAUGGAAGACUAGGCACAUUCAAGAGGAGGUUCUGUGGCCAGUGAAUUCAUCAUUUCGGCUCAACUAAGGUGAUCGAGAGUAUGUAUUUGUUUGAGGAAAAACUUGAAGGCUGGAAGCUAAAAUUGAUGCUAGCAGGGAAGAAAAGAUAGGACAUUUAAGGAAAUUUCCAUUAUUGAGAGGCUGUUGAGUCACUGUAAGAAUGUUUCUCUUGUUAGUACUGUGAAUUCCUUUAGCUUGUGCUCCCACAAAAGUUGAAGCACCCUUCGAUCUGUGUGGCAUUGCCCUUCACCAAUUUGAGAACAACUAAACACUUUAUAAUUUCUACUGUCACAGACAAGGCCAAAAUGGAAAGGAGUCUCAAAAUAAAAGCAGCAAAAAAAAGUAGAAGCAAUGACAUGGCAUAUGCAAUUUCAGCAACUCAGAGAGAGAGAGAGAGAGAGAAAGAGAGAGAGAGAGAGAGAUGAACAGGCCAUGUAGAAGCAAACUUUGGUUGUGCUUUUUUUAUUAUUAUAAUUAUAAUAUUAUAAUAUUUAAAGGGUAAAGUUGUAUGCUUAGUAAUUUAGCCAAUUUCUUUUCAUUCUCUUUUUACUCUAACCAAACAAUUAAAAAGAAAUUAUUUUUUUCCUUUUGUAAUUCCAUCAAUCCAAACAAUACAUAAGAGUAACUGAGGCACCUUUGGCUUAGGACAAUUUUAAGGUAGCCUUGUUGCAAGGUUUGGAGGGAGAAAUGUUGAAAAUCCUUAUGUAAAGAUGAAAGAUUUGAAGCAAACAGGGACUGUUGAUGACUGUAUAGAAGCUUUUAUAUUCUUGUCUUCCUAAUAGGAAAUUGCUAGAGGACCAAUACUUGGGUUAUUUUGUAGAAGACUUGUUACAACUUAACAUUAAACGGAAACUGCAUACCUUGAAACCUCAAUCUCAGCUUCAGGGCAUGCAAUUUCCCUGGGAUAUAGAGCCGAAUAUUUCAGAUCUGCCUGCAUUUGUUGGUAGUUAUGGGUGGCAAAAUGGUGAUAGCAUUUUCAGCACUACAAUGAGGCCAUUGAAGAGCAGCAUCAGCAUGGGAGGAAGCAAACUGGGACCUACUAUUGUUUCAAGUUCUGUAACUGUCUCAUCUAAGAGAGCAGCAAUUUGGAUGGAGGAAAAAAUUCAGAAAUUUGAACUGGGUUAUCCAGAAAUGCACAUAACAAAAAAUUUCUUCGAAGUUCAGAAUCUUCUGGGCAAAAUAUGUAUGGAGAUAGGUGUAAUUUUGGCAUGAAAAGCAUUUGCCUGUGCCAUGUAACAUACCAAGAAUUGAUAAAAAGGAAAACCAAGGGUUUUUAUUCUUUAGUGUGGAGAAGAGAAACAAUUGUGAUUUCUAAAUUCUAGUUCUGGGAGAAAAUGAAGCCCUAAAUGAUGAUGGAAAAGCAAUUGAAGUGGAUAAAUAUAACGGGGAAGAACUCAUUUCCUACGUUCAACCUUAGGGACAAGGCUGAUUUUUCAGCAAGCGGUGAUGAUGGGAACUAAGAUUCAUGUUAGUUAGGAAAGGAUCCAUUAAUGGAUUGGAGGUAGUUAAUUAUUAGGAGUACAUGUGAUAGAAAAUAGCUGAUUCUGUAUUAGCUAUUUUAUAUAGAAAGCAGUUCUAUAUUAAAAAUUGCAUGAUGGCCAGUAAUGUAUAGGAAACAACUGCUGCCAGUUAUGUAUUAGAAUGUAUCUGAUUAUAGGCUGUGUAAUUAUGAAGUGUGUAGUUAUUUGCAGCUUGUGGACAGAGCAUAUUCUCUAUAGGAGACUUUUGUCUCCUGGGACAUCAAGUGUAUUAUUGUAUUGUGAGUGAUAUUAGUGUUCAAUAUUAUAUUUUAUCAGUUUAUUA